AUGCACUCUUCAAUGCUCCUCGGGCUCCUGCCCCUCGCCGCCGCCCAAGUCGCCCAAGUCCACGAAGCACCUCCUCCACCCCCCGUCCUUCUCAACGCCACCAAAUCCGGCGUAGCACCCACCCUCCCCACGCCCUUCAACGGCACUCAAACCCUCCAAGGCGCAAUCAUAAUGCCCCUACCCCCACAGCCCGGCUACAUCGGCCUGAACGGCACCGCGACCGCACAAACCUCCAUGCCAGCAUCCACCUACCGCGCCACCAUGCCUCCCUCCAUGUUCAACGACCUCGUCGGCACCACUGUGAGCGGAUACAUCGAGGGCGUAGGUUCCCCGUCAGGCGUGCGCUUUACCGUCAAGCUGCAGAAUCUUCCCGAGCAAGCCAAGUACGGCCCGUUCAACUGGCACAUCCACGCGUUGCCCGUGCCCGCGGACGGUAACUGCACAGCGACACUGGGCCACCUGGACCCGACGAAUCGCGGCGAAUUAAUCAUGUGCGACGCUGCGGCGCCUGAGACGUGUCAGGCGGGCGAUCUGGCGGGCAAGCAUGGCGGGAAGAUCAUGGCCGCGGGAAGCUUUGAGACGGCGUUUGUGGAGAAGUACUUGACGACGGAGACUGGGUCGCCGUUUUCUUUCGCAGGGUUGGGGUUCGUUCUGCAUUCGAUGAAUACUACGAGGCUUACUUGUGCGAAUUUUGUACAGGUUAAUGGGACAGUGGGAGGGAAUGGGACGAUGCCGAGUGCGACGGGCCCGCCAGCGGGAGAGUUUACUGGUGGAGCAGGAAAGGUCGGGGCUGCGUUGGGUGCGCUGGGUGUAGCGGUAGUUGCUGCGCUGUUGUAG